GCGCCUUCUUUCCCAGUAUGGAGAAGAUGGCGGCCCGCGGAAGCUUUCAGGCAGCACCAACUGGUGGCGUUGGUGGUAGUAUGGGUCCUGGGCCCCCGGUGACAGGUGGGCCACCUGGAAUGGGACCUGGAACCCCUGCCGGUCGGAUGGGACCGUCUCCGGGCGCACAGAAUCACCUUUACCGUUCCCCAAUGCCCGGCCCGGGAUACCCGAGGCCUGGCCUGCCCCCCUCCGGCCGCCUGGCCCCCCAGGGCCCCUCCAUGGGCCCCCCCGGAUACAGCAGCCCCGGGGCCCGCCCGGGCAUGCCCCUCAUGGACCCGUCCCGCAAGAGACCCGCCCCCCAACAGAUCCAGCAGGUCCAACAGCAGAGCCGCAGCCAGCACGCGAAGAAGAAGAAGAUGGCUGAUAAGAUCCUGCCCCAGAGGAUCAGGGAGCUGGUCCCGGAAUCUCAGGCCUACAUGGACCUGCUGGCCUUCGAGAGGAAGCUGGACCAGACCAUCAUGCGCAAGAGACUGGACAUCCAGGAGGCUCUGAAGAGACCCAUCAAGCAAAAGAGGAAGCUGCGCAUCUUCAUCUCCAACACCUUCAACCCGGCGAAGCCCGACGCGGAGGACGGCGAGGGCACUGUUGCAUCAUGGGAGUUGCGUGUGGAGGGCCGUCUCCUGGAGGACACUGCUGUGUCGAAGUACGAGGCCACCAAGCAGAAGAGGAAGUUCUCCUCGUUCUUCAAGUCGCUGGUGAUCGAGCUGGAGAAGGACCUGUACGGCCCGGAUAACCACCUGGUGGAGUGGCACAGGACCGGCACCACCCAGGAGACGGACGGGUUCCAGGUGAAGAGGCCGGGGGAUGUGUGUGUGCGCUGCACUGUGCUGCUGAUGCUGGACUACCAGCCGCCCCAGUUUAAGCUGGACCCCCGCCUGGCCCGCAUGCUGGGCAUCCACACCCAGACCCGGCCCGUCAUCAUACAGGCCCUGUGGCAGUACGUCAAAACACACAAGCUGCAGGACCCCCACGAGAGGGAGUUCAUCAACUGUGACAAGUACCUGCAGCAGAUUUUUGAGACCCACCGCAUGAAGUUCUCUGAGAUUCCACAGCGCUUACAUGCCCUGCUGAUGCCUCCUGAGCCGAUCAUCAUUAACCACAUCAUCAGUGUGGACCCAAAUGACCAGAAGAAGACUGCCUGCUACGAUAUUGAUGUAGAGGUGGACGACACGCUGAAGACGCAAAUGAACUCCUUCCUGCUCUCCACUGCCAGCCAGCAGGAGAUCGCCGGCCUGGACAACAAGAUCCACGAGACGAUUGAGACCAUAAACCACCUGAAGACGCAGAGGGAGUUCAUGCUGAGCUUCGCCCGUGACCCACAGGGCUUCAUCAACGACUGGCUGCAGUCCCAGUGCAGAGACCUCAAGACGAUGACGGACGUGGUGGGAAACCCAGAAGAGGAGAGGAGAGCCGAGUUCUACUUCCAGCCCUGGGCUCAGGAGGCCGUCUGCCGAUACUUCUACUCUAAGGUGCAGCAGCGUCGGCAGGAGCUGGAGCAGGCCCUGGGCAUCCGGAACACAUAGAGCCGCCGCGCCCCCACAGGGUCCGGGGGACGGAGAUCACGACGCCCACGUCCGGCCUGGGACAGCUGCUGUUUUACUCUCCUUUAACCUCACUCAGACGUGUGAACUUCCUCCGAGCAGCUGUUCCUGCCCCUCCAUCACACGCCUCACUGCCCAGAGAAAAGGACAAAUAAACCAGGGAUCCUGAAGUUUCCCCUCAGACUCUCAGCUCAGAUAUUGUCCAUGUUGUAUCUUAGAAAUGGGAUGAAGGAAGCACUACACUGUCACCAUUCUUACACUCCGUCCGCCUGUUUUUGGGCUGGUGGUGAUGGCGGCCAUAGGUCCGGGGGAAAGGGA